AUGUAUAUGACACGCAUUAAACGAAAAGAUAGUAUUAUUUUUCUUCACAUGCCCAAUCGACUAACGAUUCAAAGAGUGUCUCCUGCUUACGUUGCUCGAGCGUUAGCAUCGCAAUCACGCGGUACCUAUCUUCUACGAUAUCAAACAUCGAAUGAUGAAAUUAUCUCAUCGAUCCAAUUGAAGAAAUCAACCACGACAGCGUUAUCGAAAGAUUCCUAUGUUGUUUUAUCCGUUCGUGUCGAUGAAGCUAAAUAUCAGUGUGCAGUGAUGAAUUAUCGCUUGUCGUACACGGAAGCCGAUGACUCGAAACUGCGCAGCAAACUAUUGAAACAGUAUAAAUGUCAAGUUAACCUUCGAGAGAAAGUGACGAAAUUAACAAAUGAAUUGAUCUUACCAAAAGAGAAUGAAAACUGGACGUUAGAUCCAAAGGAAAUUACCGGAUUGGAUUUCACGGAAGGUCAUUUUGGCGGCCGACAUCAUGCCGGUGCAUCACGAGGUUUUUGGAAAAAAUCGCGGCAAGAAAGUGUGAAUAUCUUUGUCAAACGUAUGAAAAAGAAGAACGAGCAUUUUCAAAAUGAGCUAAACGUCUUGAAAGAUCUCUGUUUCUUUUCUAUUACAACAUUGUAUGGCCAUUACACGGACAACACUUACGAUUAUUUGGUAUUUGCAGAUAAUGGAAAUUCUUUAAUCUCACUCUGUCCCAUCAUUGGCAGCACAGUCAGAUCGCGAAUGCGUCGUGUUGUUAAUAUCGGCUUUCAAAUAGCCAACGCAAUGAUGUAUUUGGAGAAGAAACAGAUUGUGCAUCGUGAUUUAACAGCUAGCAACGUUCUUGUCGAUUCCCAUGGGUUUAUUCGUAUUGCCGACUUCGGACAUGCGAUACAGAAAAUCGAUGGACACAAUUAUCUGGUAUCAUCGUGUGCAAAAGACGGCCGAUGGAAUUUUCAACCUCGUUUUCUCGCUCCAGAAUGUAUUACCAGACGACGUGGAUCGUCGUCAGACCAAAAUUACGGAUGUUUUUCAUCCAAAAGUGAUGUUUGGUCAUUUGGUCUUCUCAUGGUUCAAUUGAUACUAGAUAGACCUUGUGUACCUUAUCCUAACAUCGCCAACGACGAAGAUGUACCACGCUAUAUUGGUGUCGAACGGAAAGUUCAUCUUCAGCCGCCCAAUUGUGACUUUGAUCUAUACUGUGUUCUUCAGCAGUGUUGGAUAUAUGAACCCAUCCGUCGUAUAUCCUUUUGUGACCUUCGAGAGAAAAUGAUGAAACUAGCGUAUAUCUUCAAUUAG